AUGAAUGACAGGCGCGCCGUUGUCGCGCCGCGCCACGCCGCCAGCGAACACUUUGCGCUCGAGCAUCUGCGGCUGCCCACGCAGAGCCCCGUGGCCAUUAUGUGCUCAGCUGGAGGACCCUCGGGCCCACGCGCCGCCUCCAAGCUGCACCGCCGUGCCCUGCUGUGUAUUACGCUGCGGACGGUGUCGGUGGCGGUGUCGGUGCUGACGCUGACGUUCAUCAGCGUGGACCGCUGGUACGCCAUCUGCUUCCCGCUGCGCUUCAACUCCACGACGGGCCGCGCCAAGACGGCCAUCGCCAUCAUCUGGCUGCUGGCUCUGGCGUUCGACAUCCCCGAGCUGGUGGUGCUGCGCGCUCGGGGCCGCGAUUGGGACUCGGUGCUGCUGACCCAGUGCGAGGGCAGCUGGAGCUACGACUCGGAGAUGGUGUUCCAUGGCGCCAAGAGCCUGCUGCUCUACACGCUGCCGCUGCUCUUCAUGUCGGUCGCCUACUUCCAGAUCGUGCGCGUGCUCUGGCGCUCCGACAACAUCCCGGGCCACGACGACCACAACGGCGACGUCAUCAGCUCCAAGGAGGCGGGACACCACGCCACUUUCGCGCCGUCUGGUAGCGUCGGCAGCCGCCGGGUGCCGAUGGCCGGCAACUCGACCACGGAGGCGCAGCUGCGGUCGCGGCGCAAGGCCGCCAAGAUGCUGGUCGCCGUCGUCGCCAUGUUCGCCAUCUGCUACCUGCCCGUCCACCUGCUCAACAUACUGAGGUAUACCGUCGACAUCCCACAGAACGACACCACGAGCGCCAUCUCGAUGCUGUCGCACUGGCUGUGCUACGCCAAUUCUGCAGUCAACCCUGUCAUCUACAACUUCAUGAGUGGGAAGUUCCGCUCGGAGUUCCGGCGGCUGUUCUGGACGUGCGCGUACGGCAGCAACCGCUACUCGCCGGCGCCCGGUGCGACCCCCUCUGCUGCUAUGGUGGCCCGCCACGGCGGCGCGCGCCAGAGGCCUGGGGGCGGCGGCGCGGCGUCAUCUGCCGGCCACGAGAUGCGCUCGCUGUACCGGCGCGGCCCCGGGCCCUGA